CAGGAACUUCUACAUUCUAACAUUUCCCUGCUGAUCCAAAUUCCACCUACCAAGGCGACAUGGAUUCCGUCAAUGCUGACAAGUCUGACCAUGAUGUCGAACCAAGGCCCAAGGCGCAAGAAGAGUCGAUUGAAAUAGCUGAUGCAGAGACGCCUCAGGAGGAUGAUGCAGGAACGCCUGUUUCUCGUGAAGCAGGAAAUGAAGAAGGCUCGUCAACAGUGGCGGAACCUCACGAGACAACAGACGAGUUCGAACAAAAGAUGUUCGUUAUUAUUGAAGCUGGGAAACGUGCUAUUUCCGAAGCACUUAAGUCAUGCAAGGAGGAGAUGCUCCAGUUAACCAGCACUCCUGUUUCUUCAGCUGGUGUAAGGUCUCGCGCUACAGGAAUUUUGCUGGCGAUUUUGCAGUCCCAAGUGCGUGAAGUCAAAAUCCAGCAGUUAGACGAAAUAAUUGAGGAGUUAAAUUCCCUGUGUGAACGCAAUCAAGAGCGUCUUUCACGGCUCCAGUCACAACUUCGGGACGCAGAUCGUUUGCAACCAGAGCCGCGCAUUGAGGAGUGACCACGUGACAACGUCCAUGGAUGUUCAACCAAUACACGUGAUCAGUCUGCAAUAGCGGAUGAUUAAUUCCAUCAGUCAGUAAAGCCAUCCUCAUGACGGCCACACAUAGGCAGGUUGUGCAAACGCUUUCCCUAGCUCCUACAGCAUCAACUAGGGUUUCUGUAACUUCCACUGAUCUCAGACAUUUUCCCCUUCUACUGAAAUGAUACCUUGUAACAGCAGAAUGACUUACGGUAA